AUGACCCAGGAUGAACUCCAGGCCUACGUCAUCCCCCAGCGUCUCGGGUCGUUCCACCAAGCUGCUCCGAAUGGUCAACCUCCUUUCACUUCCGCAAAUGUUACUGCGGCGUCUAUGGGCGCUACCAGUGCUCCAGUGGGGGUCCAGCGCCAGGCUUCCUUCGGAGCGAACAAGAGUGACGACAAGGUUUCUCCGAAUAAAUCUCAACGCAGCGUGGAGGACUAUGAAAAGGAGAUCCUCAAUUUGAAGUUGGCGUUGGCCAAAGCGCGAAUCACUCAGCUUGAAGAUGAGGCGAACACCUCCGAGUCGCAUGUGACCAAGCACACUUUGGAACAAAUCGUCUCCGCUUCUGAAUGUGAUGGCGAAAUUGUCAACGAUCGGGGGCUGGACAACAGCAGCAAGCACACUUCUCCUACUGACGCUGUUGGCAUGCCGCCUUGGGGCAACACCCCGUUUCUCCCGAACAAUGCGGCCCUUCCUGCACGUCCUACGAACCAGGCUCAGGGAAUGCCUGCCAAUGCGCUCAGGAAUGCCCAGGUUAGUGCACAUCAUCGCGCAAACCGUGUCAUGGGCCAUGGGGCUAACGCUCCUAAGCAACAGGGUCGCUUCUCGCUCCCUUCCAAGCCGCCAUUCACGGGUUAUGUUCCUCAGCACAGUGGACCCUAUUCCGCAGCCCAGAAUGCGUGGACGUAUGGUGGUAUUCCCAUGAAUGUGCCACGUGCUCCUGCCGCGAUGAUUGCGGCGACUGGUGUACCUGGGGCGAAUCAGGUGAUCGGUCGUGCUGCUCCUGCGUUCAGCGGCCAAGCCACCGGACGAGCGUUCCAAGGGCACUUCCCAGGAGUGAACAACGGCAACUUCGCUGGUGAUCAUCUGAAGUUCACUACUACCGACGAACUCCACGAUGGACUCAACCAGGCAAGUGCUCAGUUCACGGCUCCACGUGACGCUAUAGUCACCAAAGGAUACACUGGCCCUAUGCAGCCCAAUUCCUACGCCAUCACCUCUGCCCCGUUGUCCCAGCCCGUCGCUCCCUGGGAUGUGGUGAGAGCUGAUAGUAGUGCAUCUGCUGACAAGGCCAAGGACCCUUGGGGUGGCUCUGCAGACUCCGUCGAUACCACUGCGGAUGGGACGAAGUACGUCGCUCCCCAUGAGCCUAUCAACUACCGUCUUCUUCUUGAGAAGAAUGCCACCACGGACUGGAGGAUCAUUGUGGGGAAGAUUGUCGAUUUCAAUGAUCAACAGGCAUCCAUCUUCCUUCAACAGAAGCUCAAGUCUGGCACCGAGCAGCAGAAGCAUGAUAUCAUCGAUGCUAUCCUCGGCAGCGCGUAUGGUCUCAUGAUCAAUCGAUUCGGCAAUUUCCUCGUUCAGCGUUGCUUCGAACAUGGCACGACCGAUCAGAUUCGUCGUCUUGCUGACAGCAUCCGGGGAAAUACCCUUACCUUGAGCCAGGAUCCCUUUGGCUGCCAUGUCAUUCAAAAGGCAUUCGACAGCGUCACCGAAGAUUACAAGGCGCUGAUGAUUCAUGAAUUGCUUCGCAAGAUCCCUGAGACGGUCACCCACCGCUAUGCUUGCCAUGUGUGGCAGAAGCUCUUCGAAUUGCGCUGGAGCGGUUCCCCACCUCAGAUCAUGAAGUAUGUCAAUGAUUCUCUUCGCACCAUGUGGGACAAGGUUGCGAUGGGUGAGACUGGCAGUCUCGUAGUCCAGAACGUCUUUGAGAAUUGCCUUGAAGAGGACAAGCGUCCUUGCAUCAAUGAAGUUCUUGCCAGCAUCGACAUGAUCUGCAAGGGCCAGUUUGGCAACUGGUGUAUUCAGCACAUCUGUGAGCAUGGCGCUACCGCCGACAAGGCGGCAGCCGUCGAUCAUGUCCUUGCCAACGCGAAGGAUUACUCUCUUCACCAGUACGGCUCCAAAGUUGUUGAGAAGUGCCUCAAGAUCAAUGCCAACAACUUCAUUGAUCGCUACCUUGAGAUCGUUUCUGAGCCUCGCGAGGACCGCGUCCGCAUGCCUCUCAUCGAUAUCUCUUCUGAUCAAUUCGGCAACUAUCUCAUUCAGUACAUCCUCCAGAACUGCACUUCUCGCCAGAGGGAGAUUGUCUCCACUCAUAUUCGCAAGCAUAUGGUCAGCCUCCGUGGAAACAAAUAUGGUUCCCGAGUCGCCAUGCUCUGCUGCAAUCCGGCGAGCAACGUACGUCCAUCUCCGCCUCUUGAUGUUUUUGGUCCUCGUUAUGGUCGGGGUUAUCGUGGUCGGAUGUACUAA